GUGGGAUAAUACACACGACUGGAAUGUGGGUGUGGAUGGGUAUAGUUUGCUCAGGAAGGAUAGACAGGGGAAAAAGGGAGGAGGUGUUGCCUUAUAUAUUAAAAAUGUACACACUUGGACUGAGGUGGAGAUGGACAUAGGAGAUGGAAGUGUUGAGAGUCUCUGGGUUAGGCUAAAAGGGGUAAAAAACACGGGUGAUGUCGUGCUGGGAGUCUACUACAGGCCACCUAAUCAGGUGGAAGAGGUGGAUGAGGCUUUUUUCAAACAACUAACAAAAUCAUCCAAAGCCCAAGAUUCGGUGGUGAUGGGGGACUUCAACUAUCCAGAUAUAUGUUGGGAAAAUAACACCGCGGGGCACAGACUAACCAAUAAGUUCCUGGACUGCAUUGCAGACAACUUUUUAUUUCAGAAAGUUGAUAAAGCUACUAGGGGGGAAGCUGUUCUAGACUUGAUUUUAACAAAUAGGGAGGAACUCGUUGAGAAUUUGAAAGUAGAAGGAAGCUUGGGUGAAAGUGAUCAUGAAAUCAUAGAGUUUGCAAUUCUAAGGAAGGGUAGAAGGGAGUACAGCAAAAUAGAGACAAUGGAUUUCAGGAAGGCAGAUUUUGGUAAGCUCAGAGAGCUGAUAGGUAAGGUCCCAUGGGAAUUAAGACUGAGGGGAAAAACAACUGAGGAAAGUUGGCAGUUUUUCAAAGGGACACUAUUAAGGGCCCAAAAGCAAGUUAUUCCGAUGGUUAGGAAAGAUAGAAAAUGUGGCAAAAGACCACCUUGGCUUAACCACGAGAUCUUGUGUGACCUACAAAAUAAAAAGGCAUCAUAUAAAAAAUGGAAACUAGGUCAGAUUACAAAGGAUGAAUAUAGGCAAAUAACACAGGAAUGCAGAGGCAAGAUUAGAAAAGCAAAGGCACAAAAUGAACUCAAACUAGCUAUGGGAAUAAAGGGAAACAAGAAGACUUUUUAUCAAUACAUUAGAAGCAAGAGGAAGACCAAGGACAGGGUAGGCCCACUGCUCAGUGAGGAGGGGGAAACAGUAACGGGAGACUUGGAAAUGGCAGAGAUGCUUAAUGACUUCUUUGUUUCGGUCUUCACUGAGAAGUCUGAAGGAAUGUCUAGUUUAGUGAAUGCUUACGGGAAGAGGGUAGGUUUAGAAGAGAAAAUAAAAAAAGAACAAGUAAAAAAAUCACUUAGAAAAGUUAGAUGCCUGCAAGUCACCAGGGCCUGAUGAAAUGCAUCCUAGAAUACUCAAGGAGUUAAUAGAAGAGGUAUCUGAGCCUCUAGCUAUUAUCUUUGGGAAAUCAUGGGAGACGAGGGAGAUUCCAGAAGACUGGAAGGGGGCAAAUAUAGUGCCCAUCUAUAAAAAGGGAAAUAAAAACAACCCAGGAAACUACAGACCAGUUAGUUUAACUUCUGUGCCAGGGAAGAUCAUGGAGCAGGUAAUCAAAGAAAUCAUCUGCAAACACUUGGAAGGUGGUAAGGUGAUAGGGAAUAGCCAGCAUGGAUUUGUAAAGAACAAAUCGUGUCAAACUAAUCUGAUAGCGUUCUUUGAUAGGAUAACGAGCCUUGUGGAUAAGGGAGAAGCGGUGGAUGUGAUAUACCUAGACUUUAGUAAGGCAUUUGAUACAGUCUCGCAUGAUAUUCUUAUAGAUAAACUAGGAAAGUACAAUUUAGAUGGGGCUACUAUAAGGUGGGUGCAUAACUGGCUGGAUAACCGUACUCAGAGAGUAGUUAUUAAUGGCUCCCAAUCCUGCUGGAAAGGUAUAACAAGUGGGGUUCCGCAGGGGUCUGUUUUGGGACCGGUUCUGUUCAAUAUCUUCAUCAACGAUUUAGAUGUUGGCAUAGAAAGUACGCUUAUUAAGUUUGCGGACGAUACCAAACUGGGAGGGAUUGCAACUGCUUUGGAGGACAGGGUCAAAAUUCAAAAUGAUCUGGACAAAUUGGAGAAAUGGUCUGAGGUAAACAGGAUGAAGUUCAAUAAAGAUAAAUGCAAAGUGCUCCACCUAGGAAGGAACAAUCAGUUUCACACAUACAGAAUGGGAAGAGACUGUCUAAGAAGGAAUAUGGCAG